UUGGCUGAGAGUUCUAGAGUGAAUAGUGUGAACCAUUUACGUACUUCUACAUUUGAAAAAAUGGAAGACAGGACUUUGAUUAUGCUUUUCUAUUACGCAGUUAUCUUUAUAGAGACAAAAAUGUUCAACCACCCCAGUGAAAAUUUAUAACAGUGCGCGAAUAUUUUUUUAGUGUAAAACUUAUCUCGUAUUCAGAUAUUGUGUAUAUAAAAGAAAAAAAAAUUGAUUAUUACAGUUACGGAUCAAUUUCCAUACCAAUCAUGGACAGGUCGGAAAAAGUACCUCUUUAUCCAAAAGUUACCAGGCACUACGAGGUUCCUACAAUUUUGGGAGUGUGCCGUUCUUCCUGUUACUUUUCCAUGUACCUUUGUGGUUAUGCUAUGUUUCUGUUUACCGGCGCAAUAAUUUUCAGCAUUUUAGAAGCUCCUGAAGAAAAUGCGUUGAGAAUAAGGUUGGAUACUGCUAGGCAGAGAUUUUUGGCAGCACAUCCUACUGUGACAGAUCAGGCAUUGGAGGACUUAAUAAGUGAAGUGGUAAAAGCAAGCAACAGAGGGGUGUCUGCAAUAAGAAAUGCUACCGGCGAGCCAAAUUGGAGUUUCGGACAAUCACUAUUCUUUUCUAGCACUGUUGUAACAACAAUUGGUUACGGACAUGUAACUCCACUCAGCAGAACCGGGAAAAUCUUCUGCAUCAUUUAUGCCAUGAUUGGUAUUCCCAUGACUCUGGUACUACUCUCAGCUUUGGUUGAACGCCUACUAAUACCCACCAUCUGGUUGUUACAGUGGCUUAAUUCAAGACUUGGUCACUUGUACCAACCCUUUAAUAUAAGGAUUCUACAUCUGUUAAUUAUAGUGGCAAUAUUGGUUGGAUUUUUCCUGUUGGUCCCAGCAGCUGCAUUUGCGUCAAUAGAGCCAGAAUGGGACUACCUUGACUCAUUUUACUACUGCUUCAUUUCCUUGACUACCAUUGGAUUAGGCGAUUACAUUCCAGGGGACACUGCUGAUCAACCCUAUAGACCUCUUUAUAAGAUUGCCACAACAUGCUACCUCUUUCUUGGAAUAACUGUAAUGAUGUUGACUUUAGCAGUAUUUUACGAUAUUCCGCAACUGAACCUUGGCUUGCUUUUCACUACAAACGAAGAUACGAACUCCGAAAAAGUAAGGCUAGCAAGUGCGGGUCUCGGCUUACAAUAUGGGGCGGGAACAUUUAGCCCUCAAAACGAGGACAACACCCAUCGGCAAGUGGUGCGAGUUCGAUCAAGGCGAGACGACAGCCCCAGUCCGGAAGACCCAGGCCCGAAAGAUAUCAGGCUUCCGUGAUCUGUGCUCUUAAGUAACUAUAACUAUUAGUUUAUAGAAAGAGAUGUCUGUAGAAAAUCAGGUUGGACUAAUGACGGACCUGGAUAAAUUCCAUCCAAUAUCGCAAAAAACACCAAACUGCUAAAUCAUAUAGAUGAAUCGCAUGUUUCAUCUGAAUAUGGUUAUCAAUUACUCGUUUUCGAGACACAAAUCCUUAAAAGACUUAUAUUUUAGCAAAUAAUUUUUUAAAUAUUAAUAAUAUAAUAUAAUUAAUAUUCAAUGAUGGAACUAUCAAAGCCGGCAAAAUUAUCGUAGUUUGAAGAUAUCACUUGUAUAUUAUAUAUAUUAUUAUAUAUUAUAUUAAGUAACAUAAACAUGUAAAUCUGCUUCUCCUUUUAAAUUAUUCUCAAAUGGAAAACAGGAUGUUGUAUAUUGCACCAUAAAAUUAUUCAGUCUCUAGUCUUCAAAAAUAAGAAAAAAUUCUUAUGAAAAGCAAACUUAACUAAACUAAACAUUUAAUUUUUACUGUUUUACUGUUGAGUGAUAUAUUCUCACUCAACGGUUUUACCUCUACCUGCUCACUGCCUUUAACACGCUGGCGUGUCAUCCUGAGUUAUGCACGCUUGCCUUGGACGCACCAGCGUGUCCACUUCGUUUCUAUUCAAUGUCAAGCAAUUUGUUCGACACUGCUAUGAAAUAUGGGUGCGUGUAAAGGCAUUCGGAUAACAAUAAACUGUAAUGUUACGGGUCCGGUUUUGUUUUUUUUAUCCGAAUUAUUAGCAAAUCUAUUGUCAAAAUGGCAGACAGGAAUGGAAGAACUGGUCCUUCUAAAAAGCUACCACACAAAAGAGUGAAGAAAUAUAUGGAAGCUGAACAGCUACAAAUUUAGAGGAGUGAUACGGAAUUUGAUUUCGACGAGAGUGAUUACAGGUGGGAAUCGGAGAGUGCAGGUAGUAAAGAAAGGGAGUCGAACAAUCAAAAUGCUCAAGAACAACCGGUGGAAAACAUCAAAGAUGGAGCAGAGACAGAAGUUGCAAUUCAGCAGGAGGAUGUAGAUUGGGGCGAUAAUCUAGUUGGCAUAGUGAGUAAACUUUCCAUUCACAAAAAUGGAAAGUUUACGCACUUUACUAACGAGUAAUGACCCCCUGUUGGAUAUUUUAAUCUGUUAUUGACUGACGAAUGUCUCAAUGAAAUUAUUGACAAACAAAUAUCAGCGCCGCGAAUAUAUUUCUUUACGGAGAUAUGAAGGAGCAGACUCACAUAACGGCCUGGAAAGAUGUUACUUUGGAAGAAUUCUUAGUUUUCCUAGUUUUCCUGGGAAUUUUUUACACAUGGACAAUGUAAAAAUGCUAUGAAUAAACGAUAAUUGGAAAAAAGACCCACUGUUUCACUUGGAAGGUAUCAGCAGUAGCAUGAGUCGCAAUCGUUUCCUAAUAAUUCUAAGAGCGUUACAUUUUUCGCGUAAUCCUGAACCUGAAGAGGAUAAACCAGAAGACAGGCUAUACAAAAUUCGUCCAGUUUCGAGUUUUUUCAAUAAGCGAAGUAUAUUACAUAUCCCCAAAAAGAACUUUCAUUGGACGAGUCCAUGGUUUCGUGGCGAGGAUGCCAUAAGUAUGGCAUAUAGUGUACAACUUUGAGCACGCCCAAUGGAAUCAUCCAGAAAGUCCAGAAAGUAGCUGUAUAUGCUGGACAGUUAGAAGACUUAGGGGAUAAGGGAUAUGUUGAGAAAGUUAUCUUGCAUUUAUUAGAGGAAAAAUUAAAUGUCGGCCACAGUUUAUACAUGGGCAACUGUUACAAUAGUUAUGGUUUGGCAAAAUCUCUCCUGGACAAAAACUCAUUGUACGGGAACUCUUAGACCAAACGGGAAGGAUACUCCCAAUGAAGUAAAAGCAAGGAAGCUGAAGAAAGGAGAAACAGUUGCGAAGCAUGCAGGAGGAGUUAUAAUUGGGAAGUGGAGAGACAAACAGGAUAUGAGUUAUAUUUCCACAGAAUUCACAAAUACUAUGACAGGGAUAACAAAUAAAAGGAAUGUAGCGAAAUUGAAGCCCCUGCAAAUUAUUAAAUACAACAAAUACAUGUCGCCGAUCGACAGACAGAACCAGAUGCUAUCAUAUUAUUUGUCGGAAAGGAAAACCAUUUGUUGCUACAAGAAGCUCUUCAUGUAUUUCGUGGACAUCAUGGUGGUGAACCCGCAUGGUUUCCAUUCCAGGAAAAAAGUUACACUUUAUGUAUUUACGCUGAGUAUAAUCAAAGCUCUGUUGCCUGUGGUGGAAAAACAGCGGGUCCAAAAGAAUGCUGAACACGCUGUUGUGAAACAGGAACUUAUUCCAGGAAAGACGAAAGUAGAGAAAAAGGUGCAAAUUAUGUUACAGUCAGGGGCAAAGGAAAGACACCAUUUAUGAAUGUCUGGACUACCCCGGUUUGCCUGGAUAUUGUUUAGAUUGCUGCCUCAUCCAUCACAAGUAGAUUAGCCCAAGAUUGUGUAUUUAUGAGCGUUAAUCAAAUUGUUUUUGUCAGAAACUAAGAUUAUUUUUGCGUUUUACCUAUUUUUUUGUUUUCUCCAGUAGCACCCAGUCACGAAAUUUUGACCUCCAGUGCCAUGGACGCUUCAGCGCGUCCAAAAAAAAUUACCAAGAAAUGGAAAAACUCAUAUAUUACAUCUGCAGACUUAUUUAAAGAAGUUUUUAAGGCAAAAUUUUUAGUUUUCCAUAAAAAAAUAUAGCUGGUAGUAGAGUCAAAUUUAUGUGGCCUAUUGGUUAGUUAAAUAAGACCAUUAGUACAGAUCCAUCUCGCAGGAAAUACCUAAAGCAAAUGAGAAUAACUAAAAAAAAAUAAUAAGCUUCACCACCCUGUAUCUCGAAAACUGUUUACAGACCGCCAUCCAUAUGAACGUUUUUGGUAAGAUUCAUCUGUAUAAUUUUGUUGCUGGAAUAUUGCAACACCCUGUGUACAAGUCAUAUCAAAAUAUCCGUUCAUAUUCAUGUGAUAUCAAAAUAUGAAACAUAUACUCCUAUUACAAUAGAAGCACUCAUAUAAAACCGCUAUUUUAAUAUCUGAAAUAAUUAACAAGUUAGUCCAACCAGUACCUAGUUGGUAGGAUAUAAAUGUUAACCACUUAUAACACCAAUAUUACAAUAUAUUUUGCCAAUUUUGUUUAAAGAUGAAAUAUAUUCACGAUAUUUAUUUUAUCGAUGUUGAUUGAUGCACAGUAUUUUCCCUAAAUAUAUUUUUGUAUUACACCUUUUAAUAAUUUUAAUUUUAUUUUGUAUUUACAUUAAAUACAUUUUUUAAUGUGGCUGUAUCAGGUCUUAUGAGAGUACCAGAUAAGUAGUAGUCUAUUUUUAGAGAUACAAUCAAUAAAUGUAUACAAAUUAGACUAGACUUAAGAGAGAAUUCAGUUUCAAUUAAUUGUGGACCAAAUAAAACUUAUAUCAGAAA